CGUGGGGCGUCCCACCCGUUCCACCGCCCCUGCCUAUGCCCAUGUCGAUGAGUAACUAUUCCCUCACUUCUAGUAUAACGUGCAACCACCCGACUUCGUUUGGAGACCCGAUUAAUCCCAGACGUUUACAAAACCAAACGGUAUAUUUGUCAUCACUGAACCCACCCCAAGAUUGCCACACGAUCCCAACUACACAUUACGCGCAUCAACUCCAGCAAGAUGUGCGUCCUAAUUAUACACAGGAACACUCUCCCGGAUUGAAUCAAAAAGAGGAUAGUCGAACUUCCAACAAAGUCUACACUCAGGCCUACACGCGCCCUGACUCCCUGCUGUCUGGUUCCUCACUCACUGCAGAGUCCUCAGUGUCAGACUCUUUGCACAACUCUUCGUCCUCUCGGGAUUCCGCUUUGGGAGGAAAUCCACCGCUGAGUAUCGGACAUGAAGCACGGAUUGAGGAAACGUCGACGCAAUGUCCUUUGUGUGUACCUCUAUCCACAGUGCCGAGCCAAACACAAGAAAUGGAAUGGCACUAACUAUGGACCAGCUUCACCCUGGAUCCACCGAAAUGGAACCUCCCAGCAGCGCAUCUACCAUUCGCACCUUACGCAGCAGAUCACAGAUUGUCCCUCCACCUUUGCCGCCAAUCAGUACAUCAUAUGAUCUGAAAAUACCUCCGACUCCACGACGGACGAAGCCCAGUUGGGUCAUUCAUGAUAUGGAUGGGACUAAACCCACGUUACGAAUUAGUCAACAAGUUCGUUCCGAACGAAGACAUGAUGUCUAUGUAAAUGCUGCCAAAUGUCCCGUACCGGAUCACCAUGGCUCCCAGCCGAAUGGACGUUCUGCUGUGGGGCGUCUCUCACCCCCGGCUGUUUGGACACAGCUGUUGCCCUAUCGUGUAUCCACUGUCCCUCCAAAUUUAUCCGAAAGACUUAAAAAGUCGGAAACCUUACCGAACGAUGUUUGGACCUAUUCACAAUCUUCACCUCAGGACCACUCACAACGAGCUGUGAGUGGUGUGCUAAGUGGUACAAAGGGUCAACAGUUUGAGGAUAUCCGUUCCGAAGGUCCCCGUUCUCCUCCUCCCAGACCUCCUAUGAGGACUACCUCACAAAUUCCCACUUCGAUGUGCGUCAAAGAUCAUCUGGGAGCAACCGGUCAUGCUUCAUCUGCACGCAAGGCCGGUGUCCAGCAAAAGGGUGUUUCUAAUUAUCAGAGUCUUGCAGAUAUGUAUGGCGUGCGUGAGUCCUUUGAUAACAGUCCUGUACUCUGUCGAUAUGCGCAACUAUACUCGAUGCCUUUCCACCCGAAAACUCCAACAUCCCGUGGGUCAUCGUGUUCUACAACGAAAGCUCAGCAGUCACCCUCAGCUGUGUCCAUACAUUCUCCGCUGAAAGAAAACAGGAGGAAGUCCCCAGCAUCCUACAUGGAACGUCUCCAUUUAGCCGAAUGAAUACGGUGUAAUUAGCGGUUAAUCUCUGUACAUUCCAAUCCCACCCUCCACAUGUCGUUCUCUUUAGUUGACAGACUUUCCACCGAAAUGGUCAUCGAGCUCCCCCUUGCCGACCUUGCUCUGCAUCUGUCCAAGAAUCUAAGGGAGCUUCGCUACGGAGAAGUCAACCUUCCGGCUGUGUCACAUGACUUUGCAAUAUGCUACCCAAUGUAGGUAGGUGCUGUUUUUUAUACUGCUCAAGUGUUAUUUGUUCCUUUCAAUCUUGUUCAUCCUGCUGGGUUUUGCCCCGCCCCCAUCUAUUCAUGGUGCCUUCAUA